CGGCAUGAGAGAGCGCGUCUCGUCGAUCGAGGCGAUUGACAGCAAUUCAUCAAACCUGUCACAGGGAUAAAUGUUCCUUUUUCAUCUAGGACAUACAAUUCUGAUGCGAGAAGGGUGCACGUUACAAGUAAGCAGCAGAAGAGCGGGAUCUGUGGAGUAGAGCUGCCACGGUCGGGCCGGCUCCCCGUAAUCAUCUCAUUGAGCAUCGUCGUCACGUAUCCGGGGCCACAAAACGAUCGGAGCUGAAGUGACCAAGUGCAACAUCACACCAGAGCACAUCAGGGGAAGCCACUGAGCGUUCCCGCAAGGAACGUUUCCUUAGCAACCACAACAGGGUCCGACAAACGUCAACCAUGGCGACGACACCGUGUGGUACAUGUUCCAAGAUAAUGCUCUUCAUCGUCAACUUUGCCUUUUGGCUGAGCGGCAUCGCAGUGCUGGGCAUGGGCAUCUGGGUCAGCAUCGACCGCAACACGAUGGAGUUCCUGAAAGUCUUUGACUACCCGAUCUUUCGCAACCUGGGCUUUGCCAUGAUCGCCGUCGGGGGCUUUGUGACGAUGCUGGGGUUCAUCGGCUGCUUCGGGGCUUGCCACGAAUCCAAAUGCCUGCUCUGGACGUAUUUUGUCUGCCUGCUUCUCCUGUUCCUCAGUGAAAUAGUUUGUGUGGCCCUGGCAUUCUCAUACACUGAGCAGGUCAAAGACUAUGUCAAGGUGAAGUUGGGCGAGCCAGUCAUGCAUGGCUACAGCAAGAAAAAGACGAGCAUUGUCAAGGCUGUCGACAGUAUGCAAGAAACGCUGAUGUGCUGCGGCAACCACAACCACACAGACUGGCAGGGGAGCCAGUGGUACAAGGAGGUGGUCAGUGACAAGAGACAAAACGAGACUGUCCCCUCCUCCUGCUGCAUCACUACCGAAAUCUACGAAAGAUACAAGCAGUGCCAGAAUAAGGACAUGGACCCCAACAAGUACAGGCACUCACAGGGUUGUUUUCAAGCACUCUACACCAAAUUCCUGAUGUAUAUAUGGUUCAUAGGGGGUGUUGGAAUUGGUAUAGCCGUUCUUCAGGUUCUAAUAAUGGUGAUCACCAUUUUCUUGCUACGAAACCUCACCGAUGACUACGAUUGAUGGUCCAUGCACAGGCUGAAAUAAACAGAUAGUACCUUGAUUCUGGUGCGUGAGAGCGUAAUGUUAUGGUGCAUUGUGGGUGAGCUGCUGCAAUAACGUUUUGUGUAUAUUGUGUCCCGGCAUACGUAAAAAAAAAAAAAGAGUUUAAAAAGUUUGGUGCAAUUAAGCAUCCAAGAGUUGUGAACAGAAGUUGUAUUAGGAUAGUUAAACUUGUAGCAGUUUAAGUUGUACUUUCUUAAACAAAUUUUAUU